AUGGCUACCCGACAGCGUGAUGUCAUCCAACUCGUCUCCUCCGAGUGCAACUCCUUCGCCGAGCGCUUCUUCUCGGAGCAUCGCCGCUUCUUCGAAGACCUUGCCAGUGGUGAGGCCGGAGCUGGAGAGCAGAAGGCUGAAUGGUAUGAGAUCUACAAGAGGUUCGAGGCAGAGUCAGAGUUGACCAUGCAGAAUGCUUUAAUGCUUUGGGGUGCUGUGCAAGCCAAAACCUUUGAGCGAGAGUUCAUCGAGGCGGCGAUGCAGUCUGAUGCUCUCAAUGACUACUUGUCCCUGACAGACUACCCCAUGUUCAUCAAGCGCAUGUGGCGUGAGGUUCAAGCCAAGCGCGAAAGAGAUGCUAAGAUGGGCGAGGACAUGGUGGCCUCACCGAAGUAUCGAAAGCCUUCCAAACGGCCGAUUACACCCAUGGAGGACACCGUCGUUAAGGACCGCCUGUCUCAACUGGACCAACGCCUUCUGGAGAUUGAGCACGAGCGCAAUGCCCUGCUCCUGGAGCGCCGCCACUUGGUUGGCCGCGAUGUUGAGCCGGACACGAGCGAGAGCCUCAAGCGCGAGAUCAACCUUCAGCGGUAUCGGGAGGAAGUUGGCUUGGACUAA